GUAGUUUCAUUCAUAUAUACUCGGUUGUUUUUUUGCUACUUAAGGCUAACGUGCAAAAGUGCGCAUUCACCUACAUAACACUAGGAACAGGGACGAAGCUGAAGCGGCACGCUCACAAAUAGCUUUGAUAGUAAGCCUUGGCAUUCCUGAUGGUCGCUUAUGCGUACCCUUUGCGUUGCAAUAGCGCUUAAAAGUAGGGUUACUUUCUCGGCAAGAUAAAGCCUGAGAAUGGCUCACCCUGCGAUGCGGAAGCUGCUGGACGCGAGUUUAUCAGCAUUUUCCGCGGAACGUGGGCAACAUAGCUGGAUCGUCGGGUUAUUUGUCAACGGUGUCCUAAUAUCUGCGGUCGUAGCGUUCGCCAUAGCCCAGCUUUCCAAAGUGUUUACGCACUAUCAUUAUGAACGGGUCUGGGACUGGACGCGCCUUGUGGGCAGCGGAGGCAUGCCCUCAUCCCACACAGCCCUCAUAGUCGCGCUAACGACGGCCAUCGCGGUAGAAGACGGUACAAACAGCUCGCUGUUCGCAAUGUGCCUGGUCAUCUCGCUCAUUGUCAUGUACGAUGCAACCGGUGUACGACUGCACGCGGGACGACAAGCAACCGUCCUCAACAUCAUCAUAGCUGAAAUGCCGCCCGACCACCCAGUACAGGACUCGGGUCGGCUUCGGGACAGCCUAGGCCACACCCCGGUGCAGGUGGCGGUUGGUGCCUUGCUAGGAGUGGUGGUUGGCCUAGCCAUAGAGAGCCUCUUCCUGCUGGGCUCAUCCUCUUCGGCAGCGGGAGGAGCAGGGGGCGGGUUUGCGCUCGAUGGGGGAGCAGCAGGAGGAGCAGGUGGGUUGGGGGAAGGAGGCAUGGCGGCACGGUUGGCGGCGGCAGCAACAGCAGCGGCGGCGGCGUUGGGUGGAGCAGAUGGAGGUGGCGGUGGCGGCCUGAAUGCUACGCUCACUUGAAAAUUAAUGUCACAUGACACGUAGCCAUUCGUGAACUCAUUCCUUGUUCAAAAUACGCGCGUACCGUGUGACCUGGCUGGAUGCGUAAUUCGCACGCAUGGCUUUGACCCCUAUCCCAACCCCACUACCAUCAUCGCCUCCCUUACGAGUGCCUUAUGAGUACCUGGCACCUCACGCCACUCCCAGAGACGCUUCUGGGUUAGUAAGUGGGCGGUGAGGAGGAGGCGAUGUAUUAUUGAGUGUUACGGGUGGCGACGGUCAAGUAACUGGGCGAGUGCUGUUCUUAGGAGUGGGGAUUUGAAGAAGAGGAAAGGCGGAGGGCGUAAGGAGGAUGGCGCAGCGUUGUUCGCACUCGUGGCGGUGUUGGCACCGCAGGUGGGUUAGAGUAGGUGCCUGACAGUUUGCCUCAUGAGCUCAACGACAAAAAUCGCCCUCGAUCUCUCAGUGCCCACUUCCAUCUCUAGAUGGUUCUGGGGACCAAAGAAUCGGAUGAAGUAUGCAGGGUGGACAAUAUCCUAAGCCUGUAUGGUGGUUUUGGUAGUGGACGACGUGGGGUUGUGGCACGAGCAGACCGUUAGAACAACAGGUGUGGUGGUGCGUAUGUGGGGGGACACACAGACAGGGAAGGAUACGGUCAAGGCGGCGGGGUGCAUCGGAAAGACUCGCGGGCUGAGCCGUAUGGAAGCGGUUGUGGGAAUGGGGUGAGGUGUUUGCUGAGCUGACGCCAUUGUAUGUUUUUUGUAGCCUCACAUAUAUGAAAACUCGUCCAUUAACGCUGUUUGCGACCUCGGUGCAUACACGAGGUACAGCAGUACAGACUUAGGGCACAGUCCUGCACAAAAAUAUAAUUCUUGGUCUUCGUAUGGUUCGACAUGCCACGGUGGUUUCAGAUCAGAUCUGACUAACAAACUCGCGAAGAUACUGAGCCACACCAGGGGGGGGGGUAGGAAACGCGAGGACAGACCCCAUGAUUCAAAGUUAAAGAGCUUAUUGAGAGCAUUCCAAAUCUGCUUUGAGAAUUUU